AUGCCACAGCGCCUGCCUGCCAGAUUUGACUCGCUACCAAAAUUAUGCAAAGAGAUCCUCAAGAAAUUCUCUAUGAUGAACCUAAGACACUCAGCUGAGACAGAAGCCCAAUACCGACGUGAAUUCUAUACCGGAUUCAGUCAUGUAGCAGGACAAGGUGUACCGAUAACCAGUGAAUGGUCAACAUCCAAGGAUGGUCGAGUGGAUUUCUAUAUUCCAGAAAGGGAAUGGGCGGUUAAAUUGUUGAGAGACCAUGAUAGAGUUGAUCAACAUAUCUCUCAAUUCAAGGAGGGCGGAAAGGAUCGUCCCUGGCUGAAGGAGGAAAUGGUCAAGGAUUGGAUCAUAAUCGACUGUGCAACUUCUUUGCCGACCAAAAAGUUCUCUGAGCCUAGGCUCUGGCAUGCUGUGUUCAUCAAUGACCAUUCUGAAUUGCGGCUGUAUGACCAUCAGCAAGCUCUUACGAUGUCUGUGCAUCUAAGGAAUUGA